AUGGAGAAACUGCCCCCUGGUUUCCUCUCUCUCGGAAGCGGAAGCGGAAGCGGAAGCGCGGAAUUCAGCUUCCCCGACCUACUAGGUACCCAGCGCACGCCGCCGCGGCUGCCGGACGAGAUCGUCGAGGAGAUCUUGCUCUGCAUCCCUCCUGACGACCAUGAGCAUCUCCUCUGUGUCGCUCUCGUCUGCAAGCACUGGGCCCGCCUCCUCACUAGUCGUGGCUUCCGCCGCCGAUACCGCGAGCGCCACCGGACGCCACUGCUGCUGGGGUUCCUCGGCAACCUCAUCGACACAGGCGGGUACGCACGCUUCAUCCCCACGCACGCGUUCCGGCCGGUCCGCCCCGACCGCCACGACUACCGCGCACACGACGCCCGCCACGGCCGGGUCCUCCUCAACAGAAUCGCUCGAUGCGGCGACGUGUUCCAGGGAGUGGAGGCCGCUCUCAUCGUUUGGGACCCUAUCACCGAUGAGCAGUGGCCCCUGCCACCUCUGCUGCGGGACCAGCCGGUGCGCAACUGGACCGCCGCGGUGCUUUGCGCCACCGCCGGCGCCGCCGGCCUUGGCACCUGCGACCACCUAGGUUGCCGCCCGGGGGACUUCCACGUCAUCUUUGUUGGCAUCGACGACAAGGAGAUGUUUGCCAGCGUCUACUCAUCAGAUUCUGCCACAUGGAGUGAAUCGACCUCUGCGAACCUUCCUUAUGAUUAUCUCCAUGAGGCGGUGCUCCCUGCUCUAGCAGGGAAUGCACUUUACUUUGUCUUUCGGAUGGGAAUGGCAAUGCUCAAGUACGAUCUGGCCACGAGGGUGAUGUCUGUGAUGCACGUACCGAUCAGUUGGUAUCCUCGCCGCGUUGUGCCCAUGGCGAUGGAAGAUGGCGGCCUAGGGCUCGCGGAAGUGGACAUGGAGUCUAAUCUCAUACUCUGGUCAAUGGAGGUUAGUGCUGAUGGAAAUGUGGAACAAUGGGUAGUGAGUAGACACAUUGAGCUCAGGACGCUGCUCCCUGCUCAUGCCCUUGCGUUCUGUGUGGUUGCCGUUGCGGAUGCCGUGGGUGUCAUCUUCGUGUAUACGGUUGAUGGGGUCUACACUUUUGAUCUGAACUCUGGGCAGGUCACCAAGGUUUUAAGCUAUGGUUUCUAUGACAUUAUCCCCUUUGUGAGCUUCUAUACUCCAGUAUUACGAGCGGCCUUAGACAGGUGA